CAGUCCCAAUGCAGCGAGAGUAUGGGUGGAGUAUAGUUUUUUUUUUAUUGCAGUGUUUUUAAAUGUAUGUAAAGCGUGUCCGGGCCAUCCAGGCGCAAGCGGAUCGUGGAGAGCCAGAGGCAGGGAUUAGGUGGACAGCGCGCCGGGAAAGUUUGCCCCCCCCGGAGCUGCGCUCUCGGCGGCUCGGACCCUCGGCUCCAUAAAAUGGCUGGCUGUAGGUCCGAGGAGGCUGUGGUACCGAGGAGGACGGGAUCCGCUCCGGCCGCGAACCGACACGUUUCUCCGCUCCCGACUGGCGCGAUUGUGAUGCUGCUGUCCCAGAAAUAGGAAUAGUUAUGCCCCAAAAUGGAUUCUCAGUUGGCCUCAGUCCUAACAAGUGGCAGCCUGAAAGUCCAAAAUGGCAGCCAGUGUGCAGAGGGACUGGAGCCUGUGACAGAGGUCGUUUUGAACCCAAACGAUCAAAAAUUCCCGCCCAGCAUCCAACCGGGUAACCUCAGGUCCUGCUCCGUGAGAGCUGCGGUGACCAUCAUCAGGCAAGAUGCUCAAUCAGUCAACGGGGAGCAGACAGAGGUGGGCGGGACCUCUGAGCCGGUCUCUCAGGAAACCAGUAAGAUUGCUGGGAUCAGACAGCCAAUUACAGUGAAGCCUGGGGUGCCGGUCCCGGGGAAGCAGCCAAUAAGGAUCAGAAUUGUUGUCCCACCGCAGGGCAAGAGGCCAAUCACAAACUGUGCUAUCAGCCCAACCAAAGACCGUGCGGGGUCACCGUUUAGGGAACCUUCUUUGGUUUCUGCUGGAGGACACAUGGCAGAGAACAGCAGCGGUGAAGUCCACAUAUCCGCUGUUAGGAAUAAAGAGCUCGCUGAAAAUGCCUCUGAGGCAGAGAGUGAUGGUAAAAUCAAACACAUGGACAGGCCAGAGACUGAUCUCAUCUCCAACACUGAUGCAGUUGCAUUUUUGAGCCAUCAUUGGAUUAAAGAGGAACCUACAGAGAGAGAAAUUGAGCAAAAUAUUCCUCUAAUUGUGCACCAAGUCCACAGAGAGACAGAGGAGCAGACAGAGCCGCUGGAUCUGAGUCUGCCCAAGAAGAGAGAGAGAAUCUGCGGGCGCUUACGGGAGGACCAAGGCUGUGAGAGCCCCCUGAUCAUGGAGGUGGAUGAGUUUGACGGAGACGGAGACAGAGACAUGGUGGAGGAAGAUAGUGAUGAGGGCUCCGGGGACUUUUCUACUUCCGUCCUUACAUCUCUGUCUUUGGGAGACUGUGACAAUGAGAACCUUCUCCUGAUUGACGACCAAGGAAUCCCGUAUACUCUCAGUCCGGACGGACACAAAGUGCCGCAGAUUGAUGCUUCUUUGUUAGGGGACCGUCAGUCGGAUCAGGUUCAUUCGGCAAAGGAGUUAGAAGACGACGGGUCAUUAAAUUUGGCGGGUCCAAGCUUCAGCCAAAGUUCAGAGAAUGCACUAAAUGCACCUUCUGGUGAUUCCCCUGCCAGCGAGCUGCCAUCACAAGGCAGUGAUCAGAGGCAUUUAAUGACAACUUCUGAUGCUCCAGCUGCUGCGGAGUUAAAUAUUAAAGCUGCUCAGGAGGCUAACGCAGCCGUGCCCUCUUCAUCCGGGAUCUCACUUUCCAACCAAACCAUUCAGAUACUGACCAACCCUUCAACCAGCGCUCCCCUCCUCCUCCUGUCUUCCUCCUCCUCCCCUCAGCUCUCCUCACCUCCGGUUGGCCUCUCGCUUCCCCUCUCGGUGACCACACCGGGUGCUUCCACGCCCAUGUUGCUCCUCCUCUCCUCUGUACCCUCCACAUCUGUUGAUUCCACUUCUACCUCCACCCCCUUUGCUGUCCUCGACCCCUCGACUGGUCAGCUGUCCCAGGUUACCGCAGCCUCGGCUCAAGUGUCCCUCCCUUUGUCUUCGGGUCAGGUCAACGCGGUCGGCUCGCCUCUUCCCACCUUUUCCAGCCCUGUAAUUAGACUGGACCCCAGCAGCUCACCUCUCAUCCUGUCCGGCGUCAACAGCGUGACCUCUGGCCCCGUCCUCACCUCCCUCGCUGUCUCCUCGCCCACCGUCGGACUGCAGGACAGCCACCUCAGCACGGCAAACCUUAUCCAAACUCAGAUCUGCUACUCUCAAUCAAGCCCAGGAAGUGAAGCCAUAUCUCCUGAAGACGUCCCCAGUGAAAACAACAAGCCAUCGAGUUUUGCAGCCCCCUCUGCACAGUCACAGUCUCCCACACGCGACGCCUCUGCUCCGCCCGAUUCGGAGGCAGAGGCCCGGUCACCAACCUCAGAAUCCAAGUUUGACUCCCACUCAGAGCAUCUUCCUCUGGACGACCACCUCUACUUCUCCAACACCACGGCACCUCCCCCUUCCUCUCCUUCCCCUCCCAUCGGACCCCUCCUGCCGUCGGGCAAGCUGGAUUCCCUAGACGCCCUGGACCCGCUCUCUCCGGCGGAUUCUCCGACCAACCUGGGCUCGCGCAGGGUGCUGUGCUGCCAGCUGUGCCCGAGGAUCUUCUUUUACCUCUCCGACCUGGAGCGGCACGCCAUCACACACUCUCAGAAGAAGCCUCAUGUCUGCCAGCAGUGCGGCAAAGCCUUCAAACGCUCCAGCCAUCUGCAGAGACACAAGCACAUCCACACAGGCCAGAGGAACUUCGUGUGCCCCAUCUGCACCAAGCGAUUCAGGGAGGCCGGCGAGCUCCAGCGGCAUCAGCGGGUGCACACGGGAGAGAAACCCUACCAGUGUCAGCUCUGCCACACGCGCUUCGCCGAACGCAACACCCUGCGACGACACACCAAACGCAAACACCCGUUUCACCAGGUGGCCGUGGAAAUGCUUAACGAAAGAAAGGACAGAGGAGACAGGGCGGGAGGGGCUGGCAGAGGAGGCGCGCAGGAGGAAGAGGAGAGCGCCGAGUGGUACAGCUCUGCCGUAUCCACUCUGGAUAACUCUGAGUCCGAGGUGGACACUGCAAACUGAAGGAAAUAUGCGCUGCAAGACGCAUGACAUUCAGAGAAGGGAGCACUUUCCAUAUUUAUUCCAGUUUUAGAUGUAAAGUACAUGCAUUAUUCCCAUUCCAAUUAAUGGUCCAAAAAAACAAACAAAGUAAGACAUGAUAUUGAUUUCAUGUCUUGCAAAACAAAAAAAAAAGAAAAAAAAGGGAAAGCUCAUAAUAGUUCAGAUGUUAUUUAAAAUACCAACAUGUAAAGAUGCGUUUUCAUGCAAUCUGUGAUAAAUCCCUAAAGUGCUCAGAAAAGAGAAGAUUAUUUAGGCUAAACAGAUUUCUGCUUUAGUUGUACAUAGAAAGAGAACUAUUUGUAAAAGCUGCACUGCUGCACUAUCUCGUAUGAAAGAUGGGAUCUUUCCUACCGUCUGAGACACUGUGACUUGUUUGCACUUGUUUGAUUUCAACUCAGUUCUUCACAUAGUGAGGGGGGGGAAAUUUCUUCGUUUUGUUUUCGGUGACUGUUCGGAUUUUAUUCGUACCCGGUAAGAUCAUGACCUGUUACCGGGAUCAUUCUAACACUAUAUUCAGAUUUUCUUUUCCAGAUGUGAUUUAUGUUAAUUUAUUGGAAUAAAAUAUUUGCAACCGUA